GAACAACUCCGCCCAUGAGAAUAGUGACUCCUACGUUAAUCAAGGGAUCGCUUCUCUGAAAUAUGCUGUGCAUCGUCACAAUAAUCAAUCUGCCUCUCCAUCUGACAAUGUCUCAACGGUUGCGUCGUACUAUUGAGUCGGUCGUCCAGUUGUCUCGCCGGGCAGACCGAUAAAUGGAGUAUCUUUCAGCCUAUCAGUUUAUCAGCGCGAGCUCGGACUUAAUCCGACCGUCUUUUUUCUUCCACAAAUCCAACGAACACGCGACAAGCGCAUUCUGUAUCACGAGUUUUCUAAUUCAGGGAAUUGGAUAUCGCGUCUUGGCAGUGAAGCCAAGAUAUGAAAAUCGCUGUUCUCGACGUCGGACCCUUGUGAGUUGAGCAGGAAACGAAACCCCAACACGAUACGGAACAGCAUCAUGGCCAAUCAGGACCCCACACCACCACCCCGGGAUAUAAAGCGAACACUCAAAUCCAUCGCGCUCUUUAUUCUGCAUCAGUGGUUGCUUAUCGGUAUUGGAGUCGCUUGUGUUCUGGCAUACUAUUUUCCUAACGUUGCCAAAAGCGGCGGUGUUAUCCGCUCUGAGUAUAGCAUUCUCUAUGGCGCGAUGGCGCUCAUCUUCCUCAUUUCGGGUCUCAGCGUUCCUAGAGAAAAGCUUGUGCUUCAUCUUUUGAACUGGCGUCUGCAUGUCCUCGUGCAGGUUUUCUCGUUUCUCUUCAUCCCGGCUUUUAUACUUGCGAUCGUCCACAUCAUUUUAGCCGGUGACCCGGACGAACAUAUCGAUCGCGCUAUACUUGCGGGAUACAUUUUCCUGGCAUGUAUCCCUACCACUAUCGCCUCGAAUGUGGUCAUGACUCGCUCCGCGGGUGGUGAUGACGCCGCUGCUCUGGUGGAGGUCAUUAUUGCGAACUUCCUGGGUCCGUUCAUCACUGCCGGAUGGACCGUCACGUUGCUCCCUAGUACGUCGGAGUUCGAUGUCUGGAGGACUGGUGAUGGAAAUCUUUCCGAUAUGUAUCGCGAUGUGUUCAAGCAGUUGGGCUUGGCUGUUCUGCUACCGUUAGUGGUGGGCCAAUUGAUACGGUGGGUUUGGCCAGAGACAGUGGCGAAAGUGAUGGCCAAGUAUCGGAUUGCCAAGAUCAGUACGGCAUGUUUGAUCCUGUUGGUUUGGUAAGUCAGCCGAGUCUAUGACAAGUAGGCAGUGGCUCAUCUGGUCUGUGUAUAGGUCUACCUUCUCUUCUUGCUU